AUGACUUUCGACAUUGAGCGUAAGCGUUUGGAGUUGUGCUAUGGCACGUUCGGUACCAACGCAAAUGGCACCUCCACUACCAAGGUGAGCGAAAGGAAGCGAAGGAAAAGUUCCACCUCGUCCGAGCAAUCCACACCCCACAGGCACCGGAAGCGGUCCGUUAGUGAAACGAAAACCAGCCCAAACAAACAACGAUGGCAGCAGCAUCUGAGACAGACCAAGUGCCAUGUUAUCACCAUCUUUGCCAGUGGCGUAUUAUUUUCGGUGCUAAUGCUUAUUCUGCUGGACUUUGUCCCGUCAUCGCCUCACCGACAACCGGAGGGUUCGAUUCGGCGCGUCGGUUCCGAGGGUGGUCGGGCCCUGUACGCCCCACGCCAUCUGCCAGAUGAAUCGAUGCUGCGUUUGGCGGAUGAAACGCGCGUAAUGGAACCGUACAUGCCGGCACGGAAGCAGGCCACAUCAUCCGAAGAAAAACAGGACAUUCUGACCAACGAGCAGGAAGCGCUCGGGUCGCUGAAAAUGGCACUGGAAAUGAAACAGCUCGGUAAGGAUGACAAGGCGCUACGAUUGUUCCAACACGCGCUCGCACUGUCGCCGAAACAUCCGGAAAUUCUCACCAAAUACGGGGAGUUUCUUGAGCACAACCAGCAGGAUGUGGUAUCGGCCGAUCAGUACUACACGCAAGCGCUCACGGUGAAUCCGUACUACUCGGAAGCCCUAGCCAACAGGCAGCGAACGGCCCAAAUCGUGGAACAGAUGGAUGCCAAACGGUUUGAGGCGUUGGAUCGGAAACGAGAUGCGUUGAGUUCGGUGCACGUGUCCAACAUGGCCCUGAAGCGAGCGGAAAAGGAAGCUUACAUACAGCACAUUUACCAUUCGGUCGGUAUCGAGGGCAAUACGAUGAGUUUAGCACAAACACGUUCGAUACUGGAGACGCGCAUGGCCGUCGAUGGGAAGAGUAUCGACGAGCACAAUGAAAUACUCGGCCUGGAUGCGGCCCUCAAGUACAUCAACGCAACGCUGGUAAACAAAAACGAUUACAUUACGCUGAAGGACAUCCUGGAGAUACACCGGCGAGUGCUUGGCCACGUGGACCCAAUCGAGGGUGGUGAGUUCCGUCGUACGCAAGUUUACGUUGGCGGUCACAUUCCACCCGGGCCGGGUGAUUUAGCGAUAUUGAUGGGACGGUUCGAGAAUUGGCUUAACUCGGAGCAAGUGUUUUUGAUGCAUCCGGUCAAGUACGCUGCAAUGGCACACUACAAGCUCGUGCACAUACAUCCGUUCAGCGAUGGUAAUGGUCGCACGUCACGAUUACUAAUGAACACACUGUUGAUGCGUGCCGGUUAUCCACCGGUGAUCAUACAGAAACAGCAUCGGCACAAGUACUACAACUAUUUGCAGCUGGCCAACGAAGGUGACAUCCGUCCGUUUGUCCGAUUCAUUGCCGACUGUACGGAGCGAACGUUGGAUCUUUAUCUGUGGGCAACGAGUGAACUGUCGCACCCGGUUCCGUUGCUGGCGCAGGAAAGUAUGGAAGGCAUGCCGUUAAUUUUCAACAGCGUGACCGACGAGGGAUCCGACGUUGGUAGUGGUGCUGGUGAUACGAUACGGAUAGGUGUUAUUUGGUUAGUAAAGCUGUAG